CAUACCUAUUUAUGUAUGUAUGUGCAUACUACGUACAUUUAUACAUGCCUCCCUUCUAUGAACCCAUCAGUCUGCCAGCCAUCCUGUCGUCUAACCCAGCCAAGUAAGCAGACAACGACGUGCGCCUCCCCGUCAGCGCUUACAGACCCAAAACAACAAGCCAGCUUGCGAGCAUAGUGAGAGCAGAUCUAACGAUGAGAGCGACAAUAGUAGACACAGUAGCAGACGGUAAAUCACAUUGGAAAUGAGCUCAACGAAGCUGUGUGUUCGCAAGGAUUUUUCUUUCACAGCAUCGCUAGGUCGCUUGCGAAAUGAUGAAAUUAGUUAUUGGAAACUAUCGCUGCGCAAAAGAUCUGGUGCUAAGGAAUAACGGAGUUAAGGAUAUAGAGAAAAAACCUAAACUGAAUGAGGGAAAAUUAUUGCAACUUAAAAACUUUGGCAUAAUUCGAAGGAAAGAAAAAGGAUAGAAGUGAAGUCGUGUAGUCGUGCAGUCUGGGAAUAUGUCUCAAAAAGCUGGAUCUACGACGCAUUCUUUGGAGAAUGAUGACAACUACUACCAAAUCAGUGAUGAUGAUCUCGAAGACUGUGAGGAUCUCAACGAUGACUCGCUGCUGGAGGAGGUGCUAGAGAGCAGUAAUGGAAAUAAUAUCACAGCCGGUGGCCGUGGUCCCUACGAGCGCGCUUGGACCACCGAAGCCACACGUGCGCUCAUACACAUACGUGGUCCCAUGCAGGGCAUGUUCACCGAAGGCCGCCAAAAGCGCACGGCACUCUGGCUGCACUGCACACGGCAACUGCAGAAGUUGGGCUUUCGCUACAGCGCAGCGAAGGUGCAAAAGAAAUGGCAUAACAUAUUGAUAACCUACAGCAAGAAUUUACCCAAGAAACAGACGAGCGGCUAUGUGCAUUGGGAGUUCUUCGAGGAGAUGCAUAAAUAUUUGAAGGACAAAAAAUUCGAUAUGUACGAUUUCAAAAUGCAAUCAACGCCAUAUACCAAAACGAGUAUGCCACAACAGCAGCAGCAACAACAACCACCGCCGCCACAGCAACAACAACAGACGGCGGUAUUUCGAGAAAUUAAACAAGCGGCCGCACUCUCGAAUGAGAUAAUGGCGCAGUAUGGCAGUAAUAAUGGAAAUCAACACUCGGUGCACGCCAACACAGCCGACGUGCAUAUGGAUAAAUCGAAUGAUGAGUUCGACGAGGAUUCGACCGAAAUCAGCGAGUUGAAACAACCGAAAUUGGAAUUCAGUGAGGCCGAACUGCCGCUGCAGAUCUCGCAUGCGAAUGGUUUCGAGCAAGGCGGCAAUAAAUGUGACAACAUUGAGUUUCCCUCCGUUGUGAAUGCGGCGCAGGAGGAUGGCUUGUGGUGGAAGGACUAUUUCGAACGCAAGCUCGAAGUGGAGCGUGAGAAAAUCCAGUGCCAGAAGGACUUGCAUCGCGAGCAAAUCCAAUUCCAAAAGAUGUCGCUGGUGCAGCAGGAGAAAAUCGAGCGGCUGAAGAUCGAUGCCAUCAACAGUUUGACGGCGACGCUGCAGAAACUGGUGGAAACGAAGAAUCGCAAGACGCAGAUUGUUUGAAGAGCGCCAAAUUCGUUACCUUUAAGUUGAUGUUUGGGAAUGUGAAUUUAAUUUUUAUUUAUGCUAUUAUUUUUUAACACAGAACAGCUAA